CACCCCCUGUUACAGAGAAAAAUGGAGGAUAGUAUUGAAAACCUUCCCCAGUUUAAUUCCCUGAUGUCUAAACUAAAUGAACGACUCACAGAAACUGGACUCUCAAAGGACUCUGCUGAUAAGCUGGAAACUGCACGGAAGAGUUUAAAUGAGAAGCGGAAACGAUUUCUCCGAGCUGUAAUCCUUCAUCAAACUAUCUCAGAUAUUUCUCUGGACCCCACCUUCCCACAGCAAUCUGAACUAUCAAAUAGUUUAACCCAGGCUGAACUUAUUUCAAGUUUUAUUGUGCUUGGUAAAACUGAGAAAGACGAACUUAGAGGAGUGGGAGGUGGAGGAGGAGGGGAGGAGAUCACAACCCUAGGCUUGGACUCAUCUCUUAUCCCAGAGCAGAGGAUGAAACCUGAACUACAGAAGGCUUUGAGAGAGAGCAUGGAAGAAAGAUUGUUUGAAGAAACUAGAUCCCUGUAUAGUAUACUCAGUAAUGAUAGUGAAUUAGAAACUCGGCGAAGUUUGCUUCAUCCUCAUCUUAUUCGUCUUCAUGACAAGAUUUCAGAAUUAGUGGAAGAAGUUCGUAGAAUUGAAGGAGAAAUAAAACUUUGUAAUAAAAACCUAAUGCAGGCUAUCAGUAAACAAAGUGUCGUACUGCAGAGUAUGGGAGAGAAACUUAAUAUUUUGAUCAGUAAACACUAUGCAGGUACAAAGCUGGAUGCUACAUCGGUUCAAGUUCAAUAUAUGAGAGCUAAGUGUGAAACUAUCCGGCUAAAGUUGAGUUGCCUUGAACUUGAAAUAAAGCAUUCUACCUACAGCAAGGACGCUUUGAAAGCCAUCAGAAUGUUGAAGAGUCGACUGAGUGAGAAGAUUAGUACUGCAGAGUGUACUCUAACCUCGCUUAACAAUACAAUAUCUCAAUACAGUGUUGUUGGACCGGAGUUUUCUAACCUUGUAGUUCAGUAUUCUGCUAUACUUAAACAAAUACAGGAUAAGAAAUGGGCCCUUCAAGAGCUAUCCUCCACCACGCCCGGCGCGAUUUAGCCCAGAGUAUAAUAAAAUCGCUCAAACUAUUGGAUCAGCAAUAGCAACAGCAACACCAGAAACUAAUCAGAAUUAGCGACAGCAAUUUAAACAGUUCUUUAAAUUUACUUUAUUCAGUACAAAACCUCGAAUACAGUGUAAUUAAAAAAUAUGUAACAAUGAUAAUAAUGCAUUUAAGAGCUUGAUACAGGGGGGGGGGGUGCUCAAGACUUUCUUAUCCGGCAUCUGGUUAAACAUAUAUUUUCAAGCCAAAUUAGAAGUAUUGUAAAAUUAUGCCAGUUUCUUUUCUGCGAAUAAAAAUAUUAACACCUAAAAUGUAACAAAAGUCAAUUAACAUUAAACUAAAGGUGAUAAGAUAAAUAAACAUAAAAAAUCGUUUUCAAUCGUUCAUGAAUUAUUCACAUAUUAUAUUGUAUAUACAAAAUGUUUAUAUUUUUAUCCGAAAUUGAUAGUUUUAUACCUUUUUCAGA